UGCCGCUUCGGGGUGGCGCGCCGUUGCCUAGGAAAACCAGCGUCGAGGAUGCGGCGUCUCCAUCGGCGUGUCAACAUGUCGUUCGUUAUCUCGUCUCCCCCUCAACCCCGCUGGUUUUGGGUUUGGUCGGUGGUAGUAGUAGUAGUGGUGGGUUUUCCCUUUUGUUUGAAUUUACGUUCGAGAGAGCUCUCGCCCGCUCUCGUGCCGGAUGGGACGAGCUUCUGGAGAGUGUUGUGCGGUCCGCCCGACGAAUACCACGCUAUCAGCCGUGUCUCAACAACACAACAUCACCAGCAGCAGCAGCAGAAGCAUCAACAGCAGCAGCAGCAGCAGUACAAUUCAUCUCGCACACACACCGGGAGCUAGGAGCUUCUGUGUGUCAAAGUUGGCGUAGUUUGGCAAAGUGAAGUGGCGUGGCAGCAGCAGCAGCAGCAGCAGCAUCCCAGUCUUCCAAAGCAAACGGGUGCGUGUGUGUUGCCUGUCAUCGUUCAGCUCAAUCGAAGCAACCAUUUCUCAAAAAAACGUAUACGAGAGAAGAAGUACGUGGGGGCAAUCUAUCUGCUGCUUCCUCUUGAAGAAGGUUAGUAUUGCCAACCGUGCCAAGGACCACGAAGGCUCACCGCUCGCCUCGGAGGGUAAUUAAGCGAGGUCGUGCCGGAACACAGCGACUAGUUCUGCUAACACCUACUGCCCGCUACACUCCUUCCGGUGGAGAUGGAUCAUAUCAGCCCUGAUAAGCGCACCGAAACACCUUUAACCGUGGCCGCCCGACGUUGUUGUUAAAGCUCUCACACACAGCAGUGCAGCAAAAGGAGAGUGUGCGUUCGCUAGUAGUGUUCUGUGGUGGUCCUUUUGAUGCUUCCGGACUGUGUGUUUGACACGCCGCCAGCUUUGACAGGCUCCCGAGGAGAACGGGGACGACUACUAUGAUGAAUGGUAGUGUUGCGGCGCGCGUACACACGCAGCAGUAGUAAACAGUGCAGCUGUCAGAUCGGUGUUGUUGCUGUUCGUUGCUCUGCUCUGAGGCAAAAUGCGGUGCAUCAUCGUUACUUGAAAGAGUUGCUCGAAGAUUCGCGUGCGUUGAAAGUGUGAUUUCGGUGGUACACAAAACAAAGCAAAAAGGUCGAAAAGUCAUAUGCCAGCCUUUCUUUUUUGUUUUUGGUUCGCGUGUGUUCGGUGUUCGUGAUACGCUGGAAGGAGAUCCGAGUGAUGAUGUGUUGAAGAAGUGUCCGUUUUGGUCCAAAAAAAAAAAAGGGAAGCGAACAGCAAAGGAACCGUGACCGUGGGGAGAAUCAACCGAGGAAAGGAAACAUCCGGCGACGUGCAGUUCAAGAAGUUUCCCGAGCAUUGCCACCAUUCACGACACCAAGCCACCGGCCUUGUCACGACGCCCGCAGUGUGUACCGAUGGAUAGCAAAAUUUGUCAAAUUUAAUUGAGUGAUGUCAUAAUGUGUUGGACUCUUACGACUAAAGGGACGAAGUGCUGUGGACAAAAUCGCUGGACGAUUUAAACACUCAAAUAUAGAUGAGUUCGAGAGUGCUUCUGCUGAUCUGCCAUUAAACAAUAUUGAAAGAAGAAAGGGAAAAGUGUUCUUCAAGAUGAAUACUUUGAAGUGAUCGGCAUCAAUCCCAAGCUAUCUCCCGUGCAGCAAUAUCAACCGAUACCUGCAGUGAUAAACGAAGAAAAAGCAAGCUAUCCAAACGGUUGCAACCCACUUUUCCCCCUUUCCUUCGUUCACUACCAAUCAACACACACAGAGAGAGGCACAAGAAUGCAAGAAAACAGCGUCACGGCAGUUCCGGUGUCGGCGGUGACGGCAUCCGGAUUGGGCACGAUCGGCACCACGGGCCCCGGCGUGGUCGGAAGCGCAGUCAACAACACCAGUGGCAGCAGCAACAGCAACGGAAGCAGCAGCGGCGGCACUACCGGCACCAGCAACAACGGUCCUGGCAGUGGGCCAAUCACCACCGCAUCGGCAGGCCCGGCCAGCGGCUCGACCCUCUCACCGCACGGCCUCAGCGACAUCGAUCAGGCCCAGUUCGAGGCGGACAAGCGGGCAGUCUACAAACAUCCUCUGUUUUCGCUGCUUGCGCUGCUGCUGGAAAAGUGUGAACAGGCCACGCAAGGCUACAUUCCUUCCUCGUCUUCCGCGUCCAGUCCAAACGGGUCAUCGAACCAUGGCCCCAGCGAUGGGGACAGUUUCUCCCGAGAUAUUCAGGCCUUUGUACAGCUGCUGGAGAAGGAAAAGCGCCCACUGCUGACGAACAACAGCGAGCUGGAUGGACUGAUGAUAAAGGCGCUGCAGGUGCUGCGAAUACACCUGCUCGAGCUGGAGAAGGUGCAGGAGCUGUGCCGGGACUUUUGCACGCGCUACAUCGCCUGCCUGCGCAGCAAGAUGCAGUCGGAGAACCUGCUGCGGUCGGACUACGCGCUCGAGCACAACAACAACCUGUCCAACUCCAACAGUCCCAUCAACAGUCCCGAGCAGGAUCUUUCCGGGAGUGCCCAAGGCUAUUACCAGAGCGCCGACUACCUGCAGGGCAGUGACACCAGCGAGUACAGCAACAUGCAAGCAUCCCUAUCCUACUGAGGACGAGAAGCGUGCGAUAGCGGCACAAACGAAUCUCACGUUGCUUCAGGUAAACAAUUGGUUCAUUAAUGCCCGGCGACGUAUCUUGCUGCCAAUGUUAGAAAAUGCCUCCGACAACUCGGGAGAGUAAGGCUGUUCUUUACCCUCACCUCCAAAGCUAAGCUGCUGACGCAAACCUAGUCCACCAAAGAUCUGUCAGGCACAUUCAGGAAGGUUUUAUUUUUCACAUUAAAACCGCAACCGCAUGGGUAAAGAUCCACAGUUCCGCUCGCAGCAGUAGCAGCAUCAGCAAAGGGACAUUACACGCAACCAACUAUCAAGCUGAAAGAUCUCCGCACCGCCAAGUUGUUCGCCACAGCGAAGGAAACAGUGGCCCUCUUGCAUACGCGCGUGUGUGUUUUGAAAAACAAUCCUUCCCCCUUUGUCCAAUCGUUGUUAUUGCUGUUCAAUCCAAACAAUUGGAACAAAACGUUUGCAUUGAGCUGGUGACAUGUUUUGAAAACAGUGUCGCCCUAAUCGUUGUUUUACGAUUAAUUAUGGGGCUUUUAGGAAUGUCUAACAACAACCACCACCCACCCACCCGCCACGAUCGUGUAAUUGCUUGCCCAUGGUUGAGCUGUCCGAAGUUUUUUAGACGAUGAAUUGAAUGGAAUGGUUCGUCGUAGUUCCUCUGAUUGUGGAAUUGUUUUCGACCAUUUCCCUCCGUGAGGCAAAUGAAUUUCCUUUCUUCGUCUUUUCUUCUAAUCAACCUUACCUACCGAACAAACAAAACUGCCCCUUAUUCCGCAUAAAAAAAACUCAAACACAUACGCUCUCUCUCCCAGAACGAGAAAAGGCUGGCCAACCGGCAACGGCCGAGAAAUUGCUCCCAAUCAUUGUGGGUAAACAGUGGCACCGUACCGUUUCGUGCCGGGGCUGGUCCGGGUACCGUGCCGUCCGAUUUGAAUAGAAAUGCAAUUUAUAAACAAAUUCAUCCCAAUCAGAGUUGAGACCUCACUGCUUGACUUCCCCCCUCUGCCAGCCAACUCGCACACCUUGCACGGAAGUGGCAAUCGCGUUUCAAAUUUCGGUCACAGCACACAGCAUUCCAGAGAAAAGGUCCUCCGUGUGUGUGUGGUGCCUUCCGAAAAGCGGGCGAAGUGUUAUUAAUUAACUCGAACCGGUCGCUCGAACUUGGCCACCGUCGGCCGGCUGUAUCCUUUCAUCGGUUAAUGCUAUUAACGAUCCGUACGGUGGUGGUGAACGUGCGAGAAAACACAAAAUGACACACACACACGAGCCGACAGUGCGUGCCAGCGCGCUAUGAUGAGGUCUGAAUUGAUUAAUAUUUAUUACCUUGGUAAUGAGCCUCCGGCACUAGUCCGGUCCUUCGCUAGGCCGGAAGCAGGUGGGGGCAACGGUGGGUUUUUGUUUUUCAUUCUCUGCCCCGUGUCUCCAACACCCGCCGUGAGAAGGUUCUUCGUACCCCUCUCUCUCCGUGCACCGUGGGCUGCAAAGGUAACUCAAUUAGUGGCGGGAGGAAAUGGAAGUCGGUGGAAAAUGUGGAACCGGCGUGCACACACGGGAAAGGACAUUCGUGCGGACCAGUUCGGUGGCUGGAGGGAAUGGUUCGAUUAUACUUACGCGAGAAGAGUGUGUGUUUGUGUGGUUCGUUUUGGUUUGGUUGACCAGUGGUGGAUGUAAUCGGAUGACGAUUACAUAAAUAAAUACCAUUUACAUACAUUUGGACGCAGGAGAAGAAAGGGGGAAGGACAACACACGCCGUCCUGCAAGUGAAACUAUUAGGGAUUAAAAUCCUUCAACGACGAUAGCCGCGUGUUUACGGCCGUUGCACUUAAAAGCAAGCAGGAAGGAGAGAUUACGAAAUGUUUACCUCUGCGCACGGUGCAAACGAAACAAAAAAAGGAUAAUGUAAAUCACUUCCCACUCAUACUUCCAUACCAAACCGUGAAGGAUACUCAGAGAGAGAGAGAGAGACGGGCAGAAAUGCAAAAGGGGGAGAAACUCAUGCAAAAGAAAGCACAACAAAACAAAGCCAAGUAUACGUAAAUUGCAACAAACACUCAAUCUCCUGCUCCUAGACGAGACGAGGGUUGGAUGGCAAUUGGAAAGAUAUUGUAUUUAGCAUGUAGGAUGCAUGCGUGUGUUGCAAAAACAAACUCAAACGAAACAAGCACACAAACACAAAGUUACUUUUAAGUGUCAUAUUAGUUCCAUCUUUUAAGUUGUAAAUUGGGUGAACGCGUGAGAAACUACUGUGACGAGAACGAAACAAAGCAACAGAUAUACGUACACUAGUAUACUAAGCGUAGGCAAACGAGGAAGAAGAAAACAAAAAGGGAAAAACAAAAACUAAGCAAAGUUAAAGUAUGUUAUAAGUAUGCAACUGGCGGGGACACUAUUAUUAGAGAAGUACACUAGCGCAAACCAACCAACCGCAGCACGGACGGACAAGCAAGAGCAAAAUACUCCCUUCGCCCGGUUCUUUCUCGUGUUUGAACAAAAUGAACUAAAAAAAAAAAAGUUAACCGAUUUCGGGAUGGGAAAGAAACGCUGAACGAAGCGACGGGCGAAAACACACACACACACGUGGCAUGGAAAGGGGCCACGGACACAAAGAAAGGGGCCCGGACAAGCAAAAGGACGAGUGAAGUCUGUGAUAAUAGAUUUAUUUGAUUUCCAUAUCGCCAUGAACGGAACCGAAAUUGAGAGAAAGAGGCCCGGCCCGGAACAUUAGCUACAAAAAAAAGAAAAGAAAAUGCGUUAAGACAAGCGCAAUUAGCGCAAACAAUAGAAUGGCAACAUUGCAAACGAUCAUUAUGGUAAAACAAAAACCAACACACUGCAGCAAUAUUGGUUAUGAAUCUUUCCGCGGUUUUGUUUAAAACAUCGCUUAUAGAUUGUCAUUAUUAUUAUCUUAAAGAAACCCCCCAACUUCUCCGCUAUUGUAAAGUAGUCUACUGAAACUGUAGAAAAUCUGAUCUGAUUAUAGGAUAACGCUAAACCGAAGAAAGGGAAAACUAAACCGUAGGGCAAAGUAUAGUACAUGAUGCUUGUUUUUCCUGGGAGAGAAAGAGAGAGAGAGAGAGAGAGAGAGCUAAACGAGAAAGCAGAAGAAACAAAACAAACCAGUCAUCGAAGUAACUGAAGUAUACCAUAGUUGAAGUAAGUAAGCGAAACGAAGCAGAAGAAAAGCAAAGUGCGACGAGUCUAUAGCAAAAGCAACAGCAACAUUGCAUACCAAACACUACACGCGAAGGAACAAGAAAGAACAAACACAACGCAAAACUGUAUACCAAGAGUUGCCAAUAGUUGUUCUUUUGGCCCCCAGUUGUGUUUGUGUUGGGGAAAUAGUGAAAGUCGUUUUUCUUUACUAUUUUCAGGGGGUUCAAAACAAGCAGACAAUUUAACUAAAAGGAAAAGCGAAGAGAAGAGAAAAGUGAAACUAAGAUACUACUACUGCUACUACUACUACUACCACUACUACUACUACUACAGCAAAAAGAAAUACCAUCGUCAUUGCUGCGAAAACUUGUAUACGUAAAUAGGAAACAAAGAACAAAGAAUUCAUAUUGUGAGUGAGGCAUACGAAAUAAUAGAAGGUAACAAAUUUACGUUAUUAUUUUCUAAUAUUAAACAUAUAUCUAUAUAUAUAUAUACAUACAAUCUAUGAAUAUAUUCCUAGUAGUGUAAGGUUUUUAUUACCAUUUCCUAAUACGAUUAAGAGAGGAGACGGGGAAGUAGAAAGGCAGACAGAGCAAGACAGACGGACCGAGGCGAAUGGAAAGGAAGAAAUUAUUGAAAGGAUGGGAAGAAAGUAAUAUUUCUUUCCUUCAUUCCCUGGUUUUGUUGUGACACAGUUUGUAUCUUCCUUCCGUAAUGGCCACCACACUCGCAGAAUUAACUAAUGUAUACUAAAAAAACGAAGAAACAAACAGAAAUGCGACAAACUCACUCAAACAGCGCACCGUCCAACCAACAAAAAAGAAAGGAGGAGAAGCAAACGGUGGUGAAAGCAAAGUUGUGGGAGAGACAUAAGAAGGCUCACCAAAGCUUCCUCUUCCUACAGUCCAUCCCUUUCCUUCCCUCCCAUCCAUCAAGAAGCGGGGUGGACAUUCUUCCAUUCGAAAAGAAAAAAAAAGAAACAAAACAAAGAUGUUACCAUUUUAGAUGUAGAUUUAGGCUCGCGCGCCUGUGUGUGUGUGUAUAGAGGGUUGUUAGGUUUUUCCUGUUGAAAAGGGGUAAAGGAUAGUAAUCAUUUUCUGGUCCCGCCCUCCUAUCCUCCCCAUGUAGUGCGGGGGGAGGAAAGGGGGAGUUUGAUUUGAUUCCGUGCUCUACGGCGCUUGAUUUCAAUUUCCUAGUCCACACGGUCCCCCGGGGGAAGAGGUAUCGCGUGACUCGCGCACGAGCGAGCAGUGAUUAUGUAUGGGGAAGGGUAGUCCUUGAAACCGUGGGACCGUGGUUUUUCUUUCUUAACCUCAUUUUCGGAAAACAGCCAUGGAAAAAAAGGGAAAGUGAUCGUUGCUUUCCACCGUUGCAGUAAUUACAUUCAUGGUUUUGUUCCAUUUUGUAUAAUAAAUUUUUGAUGUUUUCUAUAAGUUUGGAAGCCACACACGAUGGGCAAGAGAAACACACACUCACUCACAACAACACAUUACGUCCGUGCCAUUAAGAGAAACUAAGCGAAGGAGAUAUGAUAAGUGGGGAAAGCAACAAAAACAGAAAGGAAAACCACAUGAAACUAGUGUAGAAUAGUAUGAAAGAGGAGAAGAGAAGCUAACGGUAACAACACAGAACUACCUUCAGUUGAAAGUACGUAAAAAAAACAAACAAACAAACACAUAACUUUAGACCUAACGGGCAACAAAAA